AUGGCAGAGAAAGGCAGAAAGGUUGAAAGUGGGCUGACCAUGAGUCAGCAGUGUAACAGCAUCGUGAGGAGACCUAGUCAAAAUGAGCCCCAACGCUCACGAGAGAGAACCCGGAGCAGCAGCGGCGACACCCUGAUCCCUGACCCUGAACUUCCCACCCUAUCCCACCCCUGCCCGACCGAGGACCCCGGCGAGAUAUCCUCCCACAGGCCUUUCAAGGAGCUGCGAAACUUCGCCGACAGAUGCAAGGAAGUGCAGCAGAUCCGCGAGCAGCACCCCAGUAAGAUCCCAGUGAUCAUCCAGCGAUACAAAGGGGAAAAAGAGCUGCCUGUCCUGGACAAGACCAAGUUCCUUGUCCUUGAUCAUGUCAACAUGAGUGAAUUAGUGAAGAUCAUCCGUCGAAGACUCCAACUGAACCCCACUCAGGCCUUCUUCCUGCUGGUGAACCAGCACAGCAUGGUCAGUGUCUCCACACCCACCUCAGAGAUCUUUGAGCAGGAACAGGAUGAAGAUGGCUUCCUCUACAUGGUUUAUGCCUCCCAGGAGACCUUCGGCUACUGA